CCACCCGGCCGGCCCGCCCCGCCUGCGGCCGUCUUCCCCUCCGGUGCCGCUGCGCCUCGGGAAGUUUAUUCCGCCCGCCCUCCACCCCUUCCUUCUCCACCUCCUCCACUUCACCCCGCCUCUCCUCCCUCCCUCAGCUCUUUCCCCCGGGUGGCUGCCGCUGCAGCCGCUGCCACUGCUAGCCUGCUUCUCGGCCAGACGCGCCGGUCCGCGGGCUGGUAAGCCCUUGGUCCCACGCACCGCUCUGCCGCAUUCGCCGCCGCCGCUGGGGGCCGGCCGCCGGUUCCCGGCCCCGCAGAGUUCCGGGCUCCCUCGCCGGCUGCACCGCCCCGCCCCGCGCCGACCUGCAGCGCCCGGCAGGCUCGCACUCCGCCUCCCCCGGCUCAGCCCCCGGCCGUGGCGGGACUAGAGCCCCGAGCCACUGGUGAGCAUCACAUUACUAGAGCGGGAACUACUGGAGAGCUACUGGAGUAGCAGAGCUACUGGGAGCGUUGCUCAUUAUUCCAGGAGAUUCCAGGGGCACCUCUCCCUCCCCAUGUCUCUGGUGAACUAAUGAGCGAAGCUCUGAACAAGAGCACUGUGCUUGAAGGACUUCGGGAAGAUAUGACCUGGAGCCACCUCUAAGUAGGAUAAGAUAAAAUUCAAACCUAAAAUCCUGUGGGAAUGCCUAGCUGUAUAUAGCUGGGAAGUUGUCGGGUCCCACUGAAAGAGUGUUGUAGACUCAGAGAAAGUCACCUUAGAGUCGCCACCAGCAGGAGUUGUACAAUGGUAGAUGGAGUGAUGAUUCUUCCUCUGCUGAUGAUGAUUGCUUUCCCUUCCCCGAGUAUGGAAGAUGAGAAGCCCAAGGUCAACCCCAAACUGUACAUGUGUGUGUGUGAAGGCCUUUCCUGUGGGAAUGAGGACCACUGUGAAGGCCAGCAGUGCUUUUCCUCACUGAGCAUAAAUGACGGCUUCCACGUCUACCAGAAAGGCUGCUUCCAGGUCUACGAGCAGGGGAAGAUGACCUGUAAGACCCCGCCGUCACCUGGCCAGGCCGUGGAGUGCUGCCAGGGGGACUGGUGCAACCGGAACAUCACGGCCCAACUGCCCACUAAAGGGAAAUCCUUUCCCGGAACACAGAAUUUUCACUUGGAGGUCGGCCUCAUUAUUCUGUCUGUAGUGUUCGCAGUAUGCCUUCUAGCUUGUCUACUGGGAGUCGCUCUCCGAAAAUUUAAAAGGCGCAACCAAGAACGCCUCAAUCCCAGAGAUGUGGAGUACGGCACCAUUGAAGGGCUCAUCACCACCAAUGUCGGAGACAGCACGUUAGCAGAUUUAUUGGAUCAUUCGUGUACAUCGGGAAGUGGCUCUGGUCUCCCUUUUCUGGUACAAAGAACAGUGGCUCGCCAGAUCACACUGUUGGAGUGUGUCGGGAAGGGCAGGUAUGGUGAGGUGUGGAGGGGCAGCUGGCAAGGCGAGAAUGUUGCUGUGAAGAUCUUCUCUUCCCGGGAUGAGAAGUCCUGGUUCAGGGAAACAGAAUUGUACAACACGGUGAUGCUGAGGCACGAAAAUAUUUUAGGUUUCAUUGCUUCAGACAUGACGUCAAGACACUCCAGUACCCAGCUGUGGUUAAUCACACAUUAUCAUGAAAUGGGAUCGUUGUACGACUACCUUCAGCUUACUACGCUGGAUACAGUUAGCUGCCUGCGAAUAGUGCUGUCCAUAGCUAGUGGUCUUGCACAUUUGCACAUAGAGAUAUUUGGGACCCAAGGGAAACCAGCCAUUGCUCACCGAGAUUUAAAAAGCAAAAAUAUCCUGGUUAAGAAGAAUGGACAGUGUUGCAUAGCAGAUUUGGGCUUGGCAGUCAUGCAUUCCCAGAGCACCAAUCAGCUCGACGUGGGGAACAACCCUCGUGUGGGUACCAAACGCUACAUGGCCCCUGAAGUUCUAGAUGAAACCAUCCAAGUGGAUUGUUUUGAUUCUUACAAGAGAGUCGAUAUUUGGGCUUUUGGACUUGUCUUGUGGGAAGUGGCCAGGCGGAUGGUGAGCAACGGUAUUGUGGAAGAUUACAAGCCACCAUUCUAUGAUGUGGUUCCCAAUGACCCAAGUUUCGAAGAUAUGAGGAAGGUGGUCUGUGUGGAUCAACAAAGGCCAAACAUACCCAACAGAUGGUUCUCAGACCCGACAUUAACUUCUCUGGCCAAGCUGAUGAAAGAAUGCUGGUAUCAAAAUCCGUCUGCAAGACUCACAGCCCUGCGUAUCAAAAAGACUUUGACCAAAAUUGAUAAUUCCUUAGACAAAUUGAAAACUGACUGUUGACAUUUUCAUGGUCUCAAGAAGGAAGAUUUGACAUUGUUGUCAUUGUCCAGCUGGGACCUAAGGCUGGCUAGACUGCUUAUCAGAACAGAGGACAUCUGUCUCCCUCCCCAAAUGACUGCUUUGACAAGGCCAACAUCUUACCCAGCCACGUGUUGGGGAGACACCAAAACCACCCUAACCUCGCUCAAUGACUGUGAACUGGGCAUUUCACAACUGUUCACACUGCAGAGACUAAUGGACAGACACUGUUGCAAAGGUAGGGAACUGGAGGAACACAGAGAAAUCCUAAGAGAGAUCUGGGCAUUACGACAGUGGCUUUGCAUAUCUUUCACAAGUCUCCUAGACACUCCCCACGGGAAACUCAAGGAGGUGGUGAAUUUUUAAUCAGCAAUAUUGCCUGUGCUUCUCUUCUUUAUUGCACUAGGAAUUCUUUGCAUUCCUUACUUGCACUGUUACUCUUAAUUUUAAAGACCCAUCUUGCCAAAACGUUGGCUGCGUACUCCACUGGUCUGUCUUUGGAUAAUAGGAAUUCAAUUUGGCAAAACAAAAUGUAAUGUCAGACUUUGCUGCAUUUUACACGUGCUGAUGUUUACAAUGAUGCUGAACAUUAGGAAUUGUUUAUACACAACUUUGCAAAUUAUUUAUUACUUGUGCACUUAGCAGUUUUUACAAAACUGCUUUGUGCAUAUGUUAAAGCUUAUUUUUAUGUGGUCUUAUGAUUUUAUUACCGAAAUGUUUUUAACACUAUACUCUGAAAUGGACAUUUUCUUUUAUUAUCAGUUAAAUUCACAUUUUAAGUGCUUCACAUUUGUAUGUGUGUAGACUGUAACUUUUUUCAGUUCCUAUGCAGAACGUAUUUAGCCAUUACCCAUGUGACACCACUGAAUAUAUUACUGAUUUAGAAGCAAAGAUUUCAGUAGAAUUUUAGUCCUGAACGCUGUGGGGAAAAUGCAUUUUCUUCGGAAUUAUCCAUUAUGUGCAUUUAAACUCUGC